AAACGAGGGGAGGAAUGGAUUGUUGGCCUGACCGUGACUGGGUUGAGUUAGACUGACCGGGGUGACCAAGUCCCGCCUACAGUCAGUCUAGUGGACUGAUCUCUCCAUUUCUUUGCGGACAUUCAAACAAUAGACCCCUUACCGGACGCGCCGCACCCACCUCGGGCUCGUCUGUCUCCCUUGCGUUUCUUUCUUCAGCAGGGUUAAGGUUCCUACUCUCCUCUGUAAGUAUGAGUACAGCCGUGGCAGAGGGCUGCUUUCUCUCCGCGCUGCAGCCCAAUUCCUCCCGCACCGCUUAUGUUGUUCCAUCGGACGGCCCCUCUCCUGACCCGAUGGCUAGAGCCCGAAGGGUCCGGGAGCAGGUCCGCAUACGGCUGGCUGAGAAGAGGUCCUCCUCCUUGCCCAGACUGAACGACUCUGUGGGAUCAACAGACAACAGUGCUUCUGAGUUUAAGAGUUCAAGCCAUGUCCAUGGAUUCAGUUCCAGUUCCAUGACACACAAACCGAGCCGUGUCAUAGCUGUGCCCACAGUAAGCCAUCACUCGUCUGGUUUCUCCUCUUAUUCUGCUGUGGAAUCCAGCUCUCAUGUGAGAAAUAAAGGAAGCAACGUGAUCCAAUGCGGCCUCCAGACAUCCCAGUCCCACAGCAGUAACAGACGCUCCAAGUCGCUGUGUCAGGAGGACGAAAGGGCGUAUCCUCUAACAGUGUUGGUUCCUUCAGAGACAGCCUCCUUUUCAAUCACUGCAAACUCUCCUUGCCCCCAAAAGCGUUGCCUCAGUGGGACGCUGGCCAAAGAGGAGCCUGCAUAUCAAUACAUCUAUAAAGGCCCCUCCCAUCGCACCAUCAGCCGCAUUACCAAUCGACAGCAGCAUUGCCAACAACAGAGCUCUGCCGUUGGCCAUGAGGGUUGGGUGGGGACCGGCAGGAGGGUUCCCACUGUAGGUGAUGGCUGGGGGACACAGUGGCAGCAGCACGUAACAAGGGAUGACCAAGUCCCCGGGACAGGGCAUUACCAAGCCAGUCUGCACAGGGCCGCCUCGCUCCGAAGUGUCAGGAGUGUGGGGAAAGGAUUGGAUGUCUUGGAUGUAGAUUCGUUACAAAGCAACAAUCCACUUCAAGACAUGAUCCAGGGUCUUGACAUGGCUACAGCUGUCAGAUAUCUCUCUGAGUCAGAUCCUGCUUUGCAGGUCGUUGGAGGUGCAUACAUACAACACCACUGUUACCACAGCAGCAAUGCUAAAAACCAGGUCCGUGCUCUGCAUGGUAUUCCAGCUCUGGUUCAGCUAUUCUCUAGUGACAACCAAGAAGUCCAGCGUUACGCCACAGGUGCCAUGCAGAACCUCAUCUACGAGAACACUGACAACAAGACAGCACUUGUCAACGCAGGGGGUGUGAUGCAACUUGUUAACAUCCUAAAUCAAACUGAUGAGGAACUAAGAAAGACCGUCACAGGUGUGCUGUGGAAUCUGUCCUCCAAAGAUAAUUUAAAGGAGAAGCUGUCCAAUGAAGCUUUGACAGAGCUGACAGAGCAAGUACUGAUCCCUCUGUGCCGCAGCAUCCCACUGAGCCCACCUGAGAGAGACAUCUUCAACAACACCACUGGCUGCCUUAGAAACUUAAGCUCAGUGAACGAAAGGACGAGACAGAAGAUGAGAGAUAUGCUCGGCCUGGUGGAGUCCCUGGUGUGCUACAUCCAACAAGAGGAGAGGGCGGAUGACAAGGGUUUGGAGAAUUCAUUGUGUGUGAUGAGGAAUCUGUCCUACCAGCUAUACAUGGAGCUUCCUACUUCAGUCCGACUUCGUCUGGAAGGUCCAAAGACAGCCUCCGGCUCCAGGGGCAGCGAUGCCAUUGGCUGCUUCUCUCUGUAUAGCAAAAAGAAAAAUGAGCACAAUCAGAGUCUGUCCGUCCUGUCGGAGGUGUCUCGGCAGCCUAAUGGGUCCGAGUGGCUGUGGCACCCUAAGGUCGUUGGGCUGUACAAGCUGGUUCUGCAGAACGGCUACAGUAACUCGGUUAUCCGUGAGGCUGCCAUAGGAGCCCUUCAAAACAUCACAGCGGGAGAGUCCCGGUGGUGCUCAGUGCUGAGCUGUGUGGUGAUAGACCAGGAGAAGAUGAUGCCCAUUCUGUUGGACCUGUUGGACACGCACAGUGACAGUGAGCUGAGGCCUCUGACUGGCCUGCUGAGAAAUCUGGUCAGGAACUACUCCAACAAAGACCACAUGGCCAGGGUCAUGGUGAACAUUCUGGUUUCCAAGCUGCCCAGUGACGGCCUCCAGAAAAAGCCAUCCAGCGAGGUGGUGGUCAACAUCUGUGGAACCCUGAAUCACCUCGUCACCGUCAGCUCCUUGGCAGCCCACGAAAUCUCACACUUCGACGGCCUGCCAAAACUAGUGGGCAUCAAGACGUCCCAUGAUAAUAGUUACGGGAGUCUGAAAUCUGCCAGGGCAGCUUCCACUGUCCUCUGCAACAUGUUCCAGUACAGCAAACUGCACAAAGACUACAGACUGAAAGGAUUCAGCAGACGAGACCUCACAGAUGUCACCCUCUGAGUAACCGCCUGUUGUCUAUACAGUACAUGACCCAUUGACCUUGGGGCCAUGGUUACUGUUAAGGUGGAGAAGUAACGAAGGCUUAAGAUGAGCAGAUUAUCUAACGUUGAUGGACGAUGGAUUGGAGCUAACAAAACAAUAGAGUGAUAGUCGGUCCUCUGACAUUUAAUGUGGUCUGUGCUUCACUUAGUUUUUAUUGGUUAACUUAAAGUUAACAUCCACAGACCUGUGUAUUUGUAACUUACUAAUAUGAAUGGACUUCAUGUCACAGCUCCUUACCUGAGUUGACUCUAUGUUUAGAUAAAAGUAAGAAAUCAAAUAAACACUCAGUCCUGCUAUGAAGGGAAGCCAGAGGCAGGUGUGCAUGGUAACAUUAAAACUAAAGACCUGGAUACUCUGUAUCAGUCAGGUUGAUGUACUAACAUAAUUCAUUCACAAUCAUAGCGCAAAGAAAAUGUCAAAAGUAUUAUAAACACCCCAAAAAGUAUAGCUCAACAUGUGUCUGUAGCCUCAAACAUCUGCAACUUACAAACUAAUGAAUGGAAAUGAAAAGCUUGUUGCUGUUUUGUUUAAAGGUCCCGCAUAAUGAGAAACCCAUUUUCCUUGCCUUCAUAUUCACACUGUAUUCAUCCUUCAGCAGAGCAACCCUAAGAAUGUGAAGAAGAAAAAGCCUCUGCACUGUUUUUGUCGCCCAUCUUCUUGGAAAACGGGGCGAUUUGAAUUUGCUCCUGUGGUGAUGUCAUAACAGGAGUGAUUUGCAUAACACAGUAUUCAACUUCCUCCUAUGCUAUUGGGGAUUAGCUUGGAUGUUGCAGAGUGAAAAUGACAAAAGAUCAGAGCAACGUACAACAACUACUCUCGUUUGUUACAAAAAUGAACACAAAUGCCUUUAUUCUGUCUCAGCACUAGAGGACCAAAGAAAACGGGAUAGUUCUUUAUUUUAACAACAACGUCCCGGCUACAGUUAGUGCUAAUUUGUUUAUUUAUAAACAGCACUUCAUCUCAGACUGUUUCAACGACAGAGGCUGACUGCAUAAAGUUACACACGACAGGCAAGACCGUAGGAAUAACACUCAAAUGUUAACGUACCACUCAGAGACAUGCUACUGGAACUGUGGCUGCAACACUUCACCUGAACAUGGUGGAAUUAGCAACGUGUGAGCAACCGCAAACAUAAAGAAGUCUGCCAUCAACAGAUUGUCAGAUUUUAGAGACUGCACCUCGCACACUCGCUAGUUACAGCGGCAAGGAAAAAUGUCCUUUAACAGGCAGAACCAGACUCAUGCUGGACAGCCAUCUGCUUCGAUCGAGCUGGGGUUGGAAAGAGGGAUAGAGGAAAGUAAAAAGAGAGAGAGAGAGAGAGCGAGAGAGCGAGCAAGCGAUAGAAAAAAAUAAUGCUGAGAGUCAAUGCUCAGAUUAAGACAUGUAUCAGUUUCUCAUCACUAGUAUUGCUUUAGAUCUGACUGUUUAUUCCCUGAAACUAGGUUUUUGCUCUGAUUUAUCCGUGUGGCGUGUAUGACAGUUUUAGACUGAAUGUUUCAGCUGCAGCCCAGAUGGAAACUAACUGAGCAGUAUUUGAAAAAAGGAUUCAAAGUGACAACCUUGCAUAGUUUUAUAUCAAAAAGUGCAGAAGCUUAAAGGCUUUAAUGUUCAUCUGUUGCAGUCUCUGUUGAAGUAUGAUGUCAUGAAAGCACAGUUUUAUUUUAUUAACUUUUAUUAAUAUUUUUAACAUAUAUAUCAUACAUAAAAUCUACCAGGUCUCUAUUCCUGUCCACUCAGAUCCCUGCAUGGAUGAAGGGGUCAGAAACUAAGAAGCUGCAGAUCCUCCACAGAGGCUGAAACUGUGAUGUGUUUUGCCACUAAACCUUGCUUGUAAGAUAACAAGGACAUGUAAACAGCAAACAAUUCCAUCAUAUGGGACCUUUAAGUUUUCUGUGUUUUCAAACCAUUUUGUGUAAAAUAAAGAAAUAAAAAUAAAGAUGUUUUAGUUUCAUUAACAGGAAACAACC